GUUUCUCACUGAGUGAGAGUCCCAUCUAGCCCAUAUAUACAAUAUGUACCAUGUAUGCGACUAAUCAAGCAACUCGUAAAUAUUAUAACCAAUAAACCAAAAGAACACAGAUUAUGCAAAGAGGUUCGAACACGCUGCGAUCGUAAAACCGUGGCAAUCAAUGAAACCCACGAGUAGGGCUAUAUAUAAGGCUGUUAAAGGGCUUGGAGUUGUAAAUCAAUUGAAAUGAUGCUCCAGUUGGUGCUUAUCGUGCAGUUCGCUCUGGGACUUGGCCAGGAUAUCGGCUCCCUGCGAAUUAUGAAUGGCACUGCAGCGAAGGCGAAGCAGUUGCCUUACCAGGUUGGACUACUCUGCCACUUCGAAGGAUCCAUGGAUGAGCCCAAUCUGUGCGGAGGCACUAUCCUCAGCGAUCGUUGGAUUGUAACCGCAGCCCAUUGUCUGCAGGAUCCGAAGUCUAAUCUGUCAAAAGUGCUGGUCCACGUUGGUAAGGUGAAUUACUUCGAUGAUAAGGAAAUCGUGGUCAACCGGAGCCACACCAUCGUCCACAAGAAAUUCGAUCGAAGGACCGCGUUGGACGAUAUAGCCCUGAUUAGAUUGCCCAAGAAGCUAACAUUCAACAAGCAUAUCCAACCCGCUAAGUUGCCCAGUGCUAGGAAGACAUACACAGGUAGCAAAGCCAUCAUUUCGGGAUGGGGUCUGACCACCAAGCAACUGCCCAGCCAGGUGCUCCAGUACAUCCGGGCGCCCAUCAUCUCGAACAAGGAGUGCGAGAGGCAGUGGAACAAGCAGCUGAAAGGCAAAGGCAAGAAGUCCGUGCACAGCUCUUUAAUCUGCAUCGAUUCCAAGGAGGGUCUGCCAUGUCGCGGCGACUCCGGAGGUCCGAUGGUUCUGGACGAUAGCACCAGAACACUGGUGGGAAUCGUAUCCCACGGAUUUGAUGGCGAGUGUAAGCUGAAGCUGCCCGACAUUUCCACGCGCGUUUCUUCCUUCCUCAAGUGGAUCAACUACAAUACUGGAGGACUGAAAUAGUUGAUGUGGAUUAAAAGAUGAUUAAAAGUCGAAUCUCUUUUCAAA